AUGGCAGUCUCAAGUACAAAUGAUUUUCAGGCCACAGUUGACAAAAGUUAUGACAAAAUGAGUGAGUUACAAGCCCUUGAAGAUACUGAGGCUGGUGUCAAAGGGCUUGUCGAUGCUGGAAUUACUGAGGUUCCUCGAAUGUUCAUUCAACCACAAAAAAUACAAGAGUCCUUAAACAGUUGUUGCGCGACAAAGUUUAUUUUCCCAGUGAUAGAUCUUGAAGGCUUUGAUAAGGAUCCAAUGAAGCAUAAAGAUAUUGUGGAUAAAGUUCGAGAUGCAUCAGAGACAUGGGGUUUCUUUCAAGUGAUUAAUCAUGGCAUUCCAUUACCUGUCCGGGAAGAAAUAUUGCAAGGAACACGACGAUUCUUUGAGCAAGAUAUUGAGAUUAAGAAACGAUAUUAUACUCGAGAUAAUAAUAAAGUGGUGGUUCAUUCUAACAAUCAUGAUGUGUUUAGUCCUUCUGUUCCAGCUACAAAUUGGAGAGACUCAUUCGUCUGUUUAAUGGCUCCAAAUUAUCCUAGUCCUGAGGAAUUGCCAGCAGCAUGCAGGUGCGAGCCCGCAGAAGCGGGGGUCACCCGCAGAAGCGGCUGGAAGUGGAAUGGAAGGGUCAGAAACCGCAGGUGCGAUGGAUUUCCUGCACCAGCGAGGUUGCAGAUGCGGUCUGGGCAGCGCAGAAACCGUUUGGGGCAGCUGGAGGAGGACCGCAUAAGCGCAUUAGUACGGCCGAUGCUUUGGAUGUACAGACCUGUUAUCGGUUACGGAAGGUUGCGGGAGCGUGCCCCACGGAAGGUUGUAUAA